AUGGGGGUGAGAGCAUCACUGGUGGCAGUAACUCCCUCCCUCACAUCUGCAGUGUCCUUGGCAGCAGUGGGUUACUUCAUGGCAGUGGCAGCAGCACCAGUGGCUGCAGCUGUCUCCCUCACAGCUUCGGUGUCUUUGGCAGCAGUGGGGUUAACUCAUAGAGGCAGCAAUGGACAGAUUUUGGAUAAUAGCACAAAAGACCUUAAGUUUGCAUUCACUAACCUAACACCAUUUACAAUGUAUGAUGUCUAUGUUGCGGCUGAAACCAGCGCAGGAAUUGGACCUAAAUUAAAUCUUUCAAUAUUCACUCCUCCAGAUGUUCCAGGUGCAAUAUUUGAUUUACAACUUGCAGAGGUGGAAGCCACACAAAUAAGAAUCACUUGGAAGAAACCAAGACAACCAAAUGGAAUCAUUAACCAAUACAGAGUGAAAGUGCUAGUUUCAGAGACAGGAGUAAUUUUGGAAAAUACUUUGCUCACAGGAAAAGAUGAGUAUAUAAAUGACCCCACGGCUCCAGAAAUAGUGAACAUAGUAGAGCCAAUGGCAGGAUUAUACGAAGGUUCAGCAGAGAUGUCUUCUGACCUGCACUCACUUGUUUCAUUUAUGUUUAACCGUCAUCCACACAAUAACUUCCCUGCAAGGAACAGAGCUGAAGACCAGAAUUCACCAGUUGUGACUACGAGGAAUCAGUAUAUCACGGACAUUGCUGGUGAACAGCUGUCCUACGUUAUCAGGAGCCUUGUACCUUUCACUGAGCAUAUGAUUAGUGUAUCUGCUUUCACCAUCAUGGGAGAAGGGCCACCAGCGGUUCUCAAUGUUAGGACACGUGAACAAGUGCCAAGCUCCAUUCAAAUUAUAAACUAUAAAAAUAUUAGUUCUUCAUCUAUUUUGUUAUAUUGGGAACCUCCAGAAUAUCCCAAUGGAAAAAUAACUCAUUAUACAAUUUAUGCAAUGGAACUGGAUACAAACAGAGCGUUCCAGAUGACUACUAUAGAUAACAGCUUUCUCAUAACAGGGUUAAAGAAAUACACAAAAUACAAAAUGAGAGUGGCUGCCUCAACCCAUGUUGGAGAAAGUUCUUUGUCUGAAGAAAAUGACAUCUUUGUGAGAACUCCAGAAGAUGAACCAGAAUCAUCACCCCAAGAUGUUGAAGUAAUUGAUGUUACUGCACAUGAAAUAGGGUUGAAAUGGUCGCCACCUGAAAAACCCAAUGGGAUUAUUGUUGCUUAUGAAGUGCUCUAUAAAAAUAUAGAUACUUUAUUUAUAAAGAACACUUCAGCAACAAACAUAAUUUUAAGGGAUUUAAAACCUUACUCCCUCUACAACAUUUCUGUAAGGUCGUAUACCAGAUUUGGCCAUGGCAAUCACUUAUCUUCUUUACUCUCUGUAAGGACUUCUGAGACUGUGCCUGAUAGUGCACCAGAAAAUAUUACUUACAAAAAUAUUUCUUCUGGAGAGAUUGAGCUAUCAUUUCUUCCCCCAAGUAGCCCCAAUGGAAUCAUACAACAAUAUACAAUUUAUCUCAAGAGAAGUAAUGGAAAUGAGGAAAGAACUAUAAAUACAACCUCUUUGACUCAGAGUAUUAAAGGACUGAAGAAAUACACCCAAUAUAUGAUUGAUGUGUCUGCUAGUACACUCAAAGGUGAAGGAGUUCGGAGUGCACCCAUAAGUGUACUGACUGACGAGGAUGAUACUACUAUUCACAUAUUUACUAUUUAUUUAUGGGAUAGAUCAUCAUUAAGAACCAUUAAUGUAACUGAAACAUCAUUAGAGUUUUCAGAUUUGGACUAUAACGUUGAAUAUAGUGCUUAUGUAACAGCUAACACCAGAUUUGGUGACGGGAAAACAAGAAGCAGUGUCAUUAACUUUCGAACACCAGAGGGAGAACCAAGUGAUCCUCCUAAAGAUGUUCAUUAUGUAAAUCUCAGUUCUUCAUCAAUAAUUAUCUUUUGGAUGCCUCCUUCAAAACCUAAUGGAAUAAUACAAUAUUAUUCUGUUUAUUAUAAAAAUUCUUCAGGUACUUUUAUGCAGAAUUUUACACUCCAUGAAGUAACCAAUGACUUUGACAAUAUGACCGUAUCUGCAAUAAUAGAUAAACUGGCAAUAUUCAGCUACUAUACAUUUUGGUUAACAGCAAGUACUUCAAUUGGAAAUGGGAAUAAAAGCAGUGACAUAAUUCAAGUAUACACAGACCAAGACAUACCUGAAGGGCUUGUUGGAAACCCGACUUACGAGUCCAUUUCGUCAGCUGCAGUAAAUAUAAGCUGGGUCCCACCAUCUCAACCAAACGGUCUAGUCUUCUACUGUGUUUCACUGAGCUUGCAGCAGACUCCUCGCCACGUGAAACCACCCCUAGUUACCUAUGAGAGAAGCAUGUUUUUUGAUAAUUUGGAAAAAUAUACUGAUUAUAUAUUAAAAAUCACUCCAUCAACAGAAAAGGGAUUCUCUGAUACCUAUACUGCCCAGCUACACAUCAAAACUGAAGAAGAUGUCCCAGAAACUUCACCAAUAAUCAACACUUUUAAAAACCUUUCCUCUACCUCAGUUCUCUUAUCAUGGGAUCCCCCAGUAAAGCCAAAUGGUGCAAUAAUAAGUUAUGAUUUAACUUUACAAGGACCGAAUGAAAAUUAUUCUUUCAUUACUUCUGAUAACUAUAUAAUAUUGGAAGAGCUUUCACCAUUUACAUUAUAUAGUUUUUUUGCGGCUGCAAGAACUAGAAAAGGACUCGGUCCUUCCAGUAUUCUUUUCUUUUACACAGAUGAAUCAG